AUGGGCUCGUUUUCGCUUGAAUUGUUGAUGACAAGUCUACAAAAUGAAGUGAAAUGGGCACCAACCCAGUCUGCCAUAGUCUGGUUCUAUCACAAGAGGUUGGGUGAGGACAUUAGGUUAACUGAAGAAUUUCAAUUGCAUCAAAUGUUUGAGAUGUAUGAGUCAGAGAUGUGUUGCCAUGUGGUUGUAGCUAUCCUAGAUAAUACCAAAAUUUCAGAGGUUGUGCUAACUGAUGAGUUAGAGCCUUUGUGUGUGGUGCCACCUACUGAUGAGGUGCCUGCUAACCCAACUGGAGUGUCUGCAUCCAAAGUGGCAGAUUCAGAAGAGCCUGCAGCUAAGGAGGCAGAUGUUCUCUUCACUGACUUAUUUGAUAAUGAGGAGGAAUAUGUUGGUGCGGAUGAUGAGCACAUCUAUAUGCCUGUGCCACCAUCAACUGCAGCAGCAUCAGAGCCUGAAUCUCAUGCACAACAAACUGAAUCUCAUGAAAAUAUCCCUGGUGCUGAAGGAGAGGAAGGAGCUGAAGGAGGUGAAGGAGGGAAAAGAGGUGAAGGAGGUGGAGGACCAGUUGAGGUAGAGGUAAAUGAUGCAGAUCCCCAGGAGUUCAAUGUGAUACAUGAUCCUGACCACCCAAAUAUUGAGAAGGGUUCAUUAUUUCCUGAUAUUGUGACAUUCAGAAAAGCAGUCAGGCAUUAUGCAGUGAAGAGGGGCUUUGAGUUCACUAACAUGAAGACAGAUAAGACCAGGUUCAUUGCCAAGUGUGCCCAUACAAGAUGUCCAUGAAGAAUACAUGCUUCUAGAGUUAAUGGUACCAAGACAACUGAGAUAAAAGUCCUUCCUGCUGAGCACAAUUGCCCUACUACCAAACUGAGGGAAAGCAAAAUGACUACACAAGGGUGGGUUGCUGACAGACUGUCUGACUGGGUGAAGAAGAAUCCUGGGAAGGGUGCAAAGGAUGCCAAAGAAAAAGUAGAGGGGGAUUAUGGCAUCAAGUUGAAGUAUUCAAAGGCUUGGUCUGGUUUGAAACUUGCACUAGAGCAAGUUCAUGGUAAAUAUGAAGAGAGUUUUCAGUUAUUGUUCAAUUGGAAAGCAUAGAUGGAGGUCAGUUCACCUGGUAGUCUGAUUGAGAUUGAUUUAGAGAGGAAAAAUAAGAAGAUGCGCUUCAAGAGGAUUUUUGUAGCAUUGAAGCCAUGUGUAGAUGGGUUCUUA